AUGACGCCCCCUUUUCCUUCCCAAGAGUUAAUUAACGAAGCUAGCAUAAUUUACGAACAAAUACCCAUUGUACGUCUAGCAGGCGUAAGAUAUGAGGACGGUGAGGAGUACAUCCUUUUUGGCAACGAGGUCAAUCAAAUGUACUUCCUGUAUUACUCGCAUAAUGAAAAAUGCGAAACGUGCUAUUUCGACAUACCCAGUCUCGACAGCUUGGCGUCGCGUAAAAAAGUGAUUGAUCUUCAUUUCUCCAAGGCGGGGUUGAAGAAAUACAAUGCCACUUCGCAGAAAAGACCGGCCACCGGAUAUAUCCUAUUCCGACAACAAUUAAGUCACAUCUUCAAAUCAUUGAAUCUUGCCUUUACCUGGCAAAAGGUUUCCCAUAUAUCAAAGAAAAUGUGGACUGAACUAUCGGAAAAUAAGUCGGAGAUGAUUGGCAUUAUGAGACGGGUUUACGACUCGGCGUUACGAGCUCACAACAUCGGACAGCCGUUCCACACAUACAUCCCCCAUACCCCGAAACAGACCAGAAAUCCGAGGCAAUCAAAAAAGAACGUCACGAGAAAGCAAUCAUCGUCAUUCCGUUCUCAAAACGUCGAAGAAACGAUUCCUAGCAUUCCGUGGAAUCAAUUCAAAGACAAUGCGUUGCAUCCCGUUUUCUGA